UAAUUAUGCUAUAUGAUUAUGUGUAAAUAAUAUGUUUCCUGGGUUAAUGGUUGUUUCCGCAUGAUUUAUGUAAAUGUCAUAUGUAUCAUAACCUAACACAAAGUCCCCCGGAAAUGACAUAGAUGUGUUCUUGGAGCCGUUGAUCGAUGAACUUCAAGAGUUAUGGGAAGUUGGGGUGAAAACUUAUGAUUCACAUAGUCGCCAAAAUUUUAAUAUGAAGGCAGCGCUAUUGUGGACAAUGAGUGAUUUUCCUGCUUACGGGAAUCUGUCUGGUUGGAGUACUUGUGGUAAACUUGCUUGCCCAACAUGUCAUAAGCAUACUUGGCACAAGCGGUUAAAGCAUGGAUCGAAAGAAUGCUUUAAAGGUACUCGUAUGUUCUUGGAACCCGAUCAUAGGUGGAGAAAUGACAAGAAAUCUUUUGAUGGGGAAAAGGAGAGACGACCACCUCCUAUUCCUUUGUCAGGGGAUGAGAUAUUAGAGGCAUUUGAUGGUGUCCCCAAUGUGAUUUUUGGGAAGAAGCGAAAGAGAAGCGAUCGAUACUUGUUUGACCAAUGGAAGAAGUUGAGCAUCUUCUUUAGACUUCCUUAUUGGAGUAAGCUUUUGAUAAGACACAACUUAGAUGUCAUGCAUAUUGAAAAGAACAUUUGUGACAGUAUAUUAGGAACAAUACUUGAUAUUCCUAACAAGACAAAAGACACCUUGAAAGCUCGAAAGGAUUUGAAGGAGAUGAAUGUGCAUCAUAAUUUAAUUCCUAUUAAGAUAGGUGAUAAAUAUGUCAUCCCUAGAGCACCAUAUCAGUUGACAUCUAUAGAGAGGCGUAAAGUAUUGGAGUUCUUGUCCAAGGUUAAAGUGCCAGAUGGUUACUCUUCUAACAUAGCUCGAUGUGCAAGUAUGGAAGAUGGAAAAAUCUCAAACAUGAAAAGUCAUGAUUGUCAUGUGUUCUUGCAAGAUUUGCUUAAACCGGCAUUUCAAGGUAUCUUACCUAAGGAGGUGCUAGAACCUUUGGUUGAGCUUAGCUUAUUUUUUAAGCAAUUGUGUUCUAAAACUCUAAAAAUUGAUGUGUUGGAGAAGAUGGAAAAGAGUAUUGCAAUUACUCUUUGCAAGCUUGAAAAGGUAUUUGUUCCGGCUUUCUUUGAUAUUAUGGUCCACCUUCCAAUCCACUUGGCCAAUGAGGCCAAGAUAGCUGGCCCAGUGCAGUAUCGUUGGCAAUAUCGGUUUGAAAGGGAAAUGCACACAAUGAAACCUACUGUGAGUAACAAAGCACAACCAGAAGGCUCGAUAGCUAAUGCACGCAUAAUGGAAGAAUGUCUUUCCUUUAUAUCUAGAUAUCUAAAUGGGAUUGAGACCAAGUUCAAUCGCAUGAGUAGAAAUGACAUGGAUAGGCAAGAAUCUCUGUUGUUUAAGUUAUCAGUUUUCCAAAAGAAGGGGAAUCCACUAGGCAAAAGAACAUUUAAGCAAUUGAGCUUUUUGGAUUGGAAGCAAGCUCAAUUGUAUGUUCUGAUGAAUUGUCAAGAAGUACAACCAUUUAUAGGAGAGUACACCACUAUACAUGGGCCAAAACCAAGUCUAGUUGAUUGGUUUCGAUCUCAGAUUUGGAAGCUUUACACGGAGGGGGAUCCAAGAGUAACAACUGAGUUACUAUCAUUGUCACGAGGCCCGAGUAAGAGUGUGAAAAACUAUCAAGGAUACUAUGUAAAUGGGUAUCGCUUUCACACUAAGAAGCGUCAAAGAAGGCGAAAGACGCAAAAUAGUGGAGUAAUUGUUAAAGGAGAUGCAGAGAGUGGAGAAAAGGACUUCUUCGGGGUUUUGAAAGAAGUCAUAGAACUUGAAUAUGAUGCACCAAAUAGUGGGGAUACAGAACCUAUUGUGGUGUUAUUUCGAUGUGUUUGGUUUGAUGUUUAUCGGCGAGGGAUAAAAAGAGAUAAGUUUGGCGGCGUAAGUCUCAAUUUCAAAAAGUUCUUAGGGACCAAUGAGCCAUUUGCUAUGGCAUCUCAAGUAGGGCAAGUUUAUUAUGUUAGGGCACAUAAUGAGCCAGAUUGGAGAAUUGUUAUUAAGACUGUCCCUCGUAAUUUCUACAAUUUCCCUAUUGUUGAGGUAGAUGGCUCCGAUGAUGAUCAUGACGACGUUGGAUUGGACUUUGAAGUACCAAAUUCAGUGGAAGGUGAUGGAGAUGAUGGAGAUGAUGAUGAUGAUGAUGAUGUUCUCUUACCAAGAAAUGAUGUUCCUCCAGAGUUGGUGAAUGCAAGUGAUUUUGAGUUGGAAAAUGAGGUUGUGAAUGAAGAGGAAGAAGAAGAAGAAGAUAGUGAGCAAGAUGAGCAACGUGAGCUAGACGAUGAAGAAGAAGAAGAAGAAGAAAUCCCUGGGGGCUUGUAUGACUUGGACAGUGAAUAACUCAUCGGCUUGCUGCUAAGGAGCUUUUUUGUUUCUCAUUUAUGCUACUAGUUAUAUGUAUUCAGGACCUAAUUUGAAUUGGUUAAUCUUUAAUGGAACUUAAUAUUUCU